UCAAGCCACUCAUGACGGAGCUGCUGAAGCGAGUGUUGGACGCAAACAAGCGCGUACAGGAGGCGGCGUGCAGCGCGUUUGCGACGCUGGAAGAGGAGGCGUGCACCGAGCUCGUGCCCUACCUCGACUUCAUCCUCGAGACGCUCGUGUUUGCCUUCAGCAAGUACCAGCACAAGAACCUGCUGAUCCUCUACGAUGCCAUCGGCACGCUCGCGGACAGCGUCGGACACCACCUCAACAAACCCGUGAGUCGUUAUCGGCGGCGGCGGUGGAGCGACGGGGGGAGCAUCGGUUGA